AUGGCUGCACAUGGCCGGCGCACCAAGGUGCUCCCCUCCGAACUGAACAAGGUGUGCCCCGAGAGAGGAGACAACCCUGCCACGCACCCCAGGAAGAUGAGUGACUUCGAGGUGGUCCCCAACCUCCAGCAGAGCAGUAGCAGUGUCUCGAAGAGCAGGCGGAAGGCACAUUUCCCCACCGGCAGCAAUGAAAAGGAAAAUCUCAUCUCGUGGAUUCCUGAAAAUAUCCAGAAGAAAGAGUGCACCUACUUUGUUGAAAGCUCCCAGACAUCAGAUUCUGGGAGGAUUGUGUGUGAGUGCGGCUAUCUCAGGGAACAGCACCUGGAAGAUGCUGCCAAACCUCCCAUCUUCCUGGGGAAGGAAUGGGACCCCAGCAGGCACAUCCAGGAAAUGCCAACAGAUGCCUUCGGUGAUAUCCACUUCACGGGCCUGGGACAAAAGAUGGGGAAGUAUGUGCGCGUCUCCUCGGAUACCCCUCCACGGGUCAUCUACCACCUCAUGACACAGCAUUGGGGCCUCGAUGCACCCAACCUGCUCAUCUCAGUCACUGGGGGAGCCAAAAACUUCAUCAUGAAGCCAAGGCUGAAGAACAUCUUCCGGCAAGGGCUAGUCAAAGUGGCCCAGACCACUGGGGCCUGGAUCAUCACAGGGGGGUCCCAUGCUGGUGUGAUGAAACAGGUGGGAGAGGCAGUGCGAGACUUCAUCCUGAGCUGCAGCCACAAGGAGGGCGAGAUUGUCACCAUUGGCAUAGCUACCUGGGGGACUGUGUACAACCGGGAGAGCCUCAUCUGCCCCAUGGGUGGCUUUCCAGCUGAGUACAUACUGGAUGAGGAGAACCAAGGCAACCUGUCAUGCCUGGACAGCAACCACUCCCACUUCAUCCUGGUGGACGAUGGGACCCAUGGAAGGUAUGGGGUGGAAAUCCCCCUGAGGACCAGACUGGAGAAGUUCAUUUCAGAGCAGACCAAGGUGAAAGGAGGCGUCGCCAUCAAGAUUCCCAUCGUGUGUGUGGUGCUGGAAGGAGGCCCCGGGACACUUGAUACCAUCUACAACGCCAUCACCAACGGGACCCCCUGUGUGAUUGUGGAAGGGUCUGGGCGUGUGGCCGAUGUCAUCGCACAGGUAGCCAGCCUGCCUGUGCCCAAAAUAACCAUUGCCUUGAUCCAGAAGAAGCUGAGCGUGUUCUUCCAUGACAGCUAUGAGCUCUUCACUGACGGCAAGCUGGUGGAAUGGACCAAGAAGAUCCAAGACAUAGUGCGGAGCCGGCAGCUCCUGACCAUUUUCAGAGAGGGCAAAUAUGGCCAGCAGGAUGUGGACGUGGCCAUCCUCCAGGCCCUGUUCAAAGCAUCACGAAACCAGGACCACUUUGGUCAUGAGAACUGGGACCACCAGCUGAAGUUAGCUGUGGCCUGGAACAGGGUGGACAUUGCUCGGAGUGAGAUCUUCACGGACGACCAUGAGUGGAAGCCCACAGAUCUCCAUCCUGUGAUGGCAGCUGCCCUGAUCUCCAACAAGCCAGAGUUUGUGAAGCUGUUCCUGGAGCAGGGAGUGCGUCUCAAGGAGUUUGUCACCUGGGACACCCUGGUUUACCUCUACAACAACAUGGCACCAUCCUGCCUGUUCCACAGCAAGCUGCAGAAGGUCAUGCUGGAGGAGAGAGAGCACACAGCUGGCUCCAAAAUGCCAAGAAUCCAACUGCACCACGUCUCCCAGGUGUUGCGGGAGCUCCUGGGCUGCUCCACACAUCCUCUCUACCCCAAGCCAAAGCACACGGAGCGGCCCCGGCUCUCCAUCCCAGUCCCGCACAUCAAGCUGAAUGUUCAGGGGUCAAGUCUCCGGUCCCUCUACAAGCGCUCUGCUGGCCGAGUCACCUUCACCAUGGACCCAGUCCGCGAUCUGCUUAUCUGGGCUGUAGUCCAGAACCGCAAGGAGCUGGCAGAAAUCAUCUGGGCCCAGAGCCAGGACUGCAUGGUGGCCGCACUAGCCUGCAGUAAAAUCCUGAAGGAACUUGCCAAGGAAGAGGAGGACACUGACACCACUGAUGACAUGCUGGCCCUGGCUGAGCAGUAUGAGCACAAGGCGAUUGGUGUGUUCACAGACUGCUACCGCAAGGAUGAAGAGAGAGCCCAGAAGCUCCUCACCCGUGUCUCUGAGGCCUGGGGGAAGACAACCUGUCUGCAGUUGGCAUUGGAGGCCAGGAACAUGAAUUUUGUGUCCCAUGGGGGUGUCCAGGCCUUUUUAACCAAAGUCUGGUGGGGGAAGAUAUGUGUGGACAAUGGGCUUUGGCGGGUGAUCGUGUGCAUGCUGUUCUUCCCACUUCUCUACACCAGCCUCAUCACCUUCAGGUACUUCUUGCAGCUGGGGCAUGUGUGCACCAAGGCUGGCUGGGUGAAGCUGCCAUGGCAUCUCCCUGGGCAGCUGAGCCCCGCUUCCACCCCUGCUGCCCGCAGAGAGAACAGGCUGCAGCCUGUGGGCUGCCUGAUGCGCCUCCGAGCCUUCUUCACAGCACCUGUCGUCAUUUUCCACAUGAACAUCCUCUCUUACUUCACCUUCCUGUUGCUCUUCGCCUACGUCCUGAUGGUUGACUUCCAGCCAUUGCCGUCCUGGUGGGAGUACCUCAUCUACUUCUGGCUCUUCUCCCUGGUGUGCGAGGAGACCCGCCAGCUGUUGUAUGAUCCAGAUGGGUUUGGGGUUGUGAAAAUGGCUUCCCUAUACUUCAAGGACUUCUGGAAUAAGUUGGAUGUCUGUGCCAUCCUAGUCUUUAUCACAGGGCUGACUUGCAGGCUGAUCCCAUCAACUUUAUAUCCUGGGCGCAUCAUACUGUCACUGGCUUUUAUAAUUUUCUGCCUGCGUCUGAUGCACAUUUUCACAGUCAGUAAAACACUGGGGCCCAAGAUCAUCAUUGUGAAGCGCAUGAUGAAAGAUGUCUUCUUCUUCCUCUUCCUGCUAGCAGUGUGGGUGGUGUCCUUUGGGGUUGCCAAGCAGGCCAUCCUGAUCCACAAUGAGGAACGUGUGGAGUGGCUUUUCCGUGGUGUGGUCUACCACUCCUACCUGACCAUCUUUGGUCAGAUUCCCUCCUACAUUGACGGGGUCAACUUCAAUAUUGACCAGUGCAGCCCCAAUGGGACCGACCCCUACAAGCCCAAGUGCCCAGAGACAAAUGAGGACAACAAGAAACCCAUCUUCCCAGAGUGGCUGACGGUCAUCUUACUGUGCCUGUACCUGCUCUUCACCAACAUCCUCCUCCUCAACCUCCUCAUCGCCAUGUUCAACUACACCUUCCAGCAGGUCCAGGAGCACACAGACCAGAUCUGGAAGUUCCAGCGGCACAACCUGAUUGAGGAGUACCAUGGCCGCCCACCCGCGCCUCCGCCCUUCAUCCUCCUCAACCACCUGCAGAUCCUGGUCCAGCGAGGCUUGCUCCGCAGGCCGGCCACACGCCACAAACAGCUCAAAGAGAAGCUGGAGAAGAAUGAAGAAGCUGCCCUCCUGUCUUGGGAGAUGUACCUGAAGGAGAACUACCUGCAGCACCAGCAGCGCCAGGAGAAGCAGAACAUGGAGCAGAAGAUCCGAGACAUUGCACAGAGGGUUGAUGUACUGGCAGAGCUGCUGGACUUGGACCGGGUGAAGAGGACCCGUCUGGUGGAGCAGAGACUGGUCUCUCUGGAAGACCAGGUGCAGCAGAGUGCCCAGGCCCUGAGGUGGAUAAUGCAGGCGCUGCAGGGCAAUGGCUUUGGCUCAGGCGAGGACAUGCCACCCGUGGGCUCCAGCAAAGCCUUGGAGAUGAAGAACAUUGACCUGGAGGGGAAACCCGAGGAGACCCAGCCCCUGUACCAUGUGCUUGCCCGAAAUCUCCUGUACCCAGGGUCUCACACCCUCCGCUUCCCUGUGCCUGAUGAGAAGGUGCCCUGGGAGGUGGACUUCCCAAUCUACGACCCUCCCGCCUACUCGGCUGACCACAAGGACAUGUCUGUGCAGGACCCGUUCAGCCUUUCCUUGGAGUCUCUCCUGAAGAUCAACUACAACAGCAUGGAUGGGCUGAUCAACCGGCAGAGCUUCCACGGCCUCUACGCCGUGCAGGAUGGGCUGCCGCUGAACCCCAUGGGCAGGACGGGGCUGCGAGGCCGUGGGAGGCUGCACUGCUUUGGGCCCAACCAUGCCCUGCACCCCGUUGUGACCCGCUGGAGGAGGAAUUUGGAUGGGUCCAUUAUAAGGAAGAACCUGAAGAAGAUGCUGGAAGUCCUAGUAGCCCAGUACCCGCUGUCGGAUGUCUGGGCUCUGCCCGGGGGGUCACUGGAGCCUGGUGAGACGCUGCCAUUGAAGCUCAAGUGGAUCCUGCGCCGGGAGUUCUGGCCGCAGUUCCAGAAUUUGCUGAAACAAGGCACUGAGAUACACAAGGGGUACCUUGACGACCCCCGCAACACGGAUAAUGCCUGGGUUGAGACCGUCGCUGUCAGCGUGCACUUUGACAACCAGAACGAUGUGGAGAUGAAGCGGCUGAAUUCGUUCCUCCAGGGCUGCGAUCCGGAGCUGUGCAUCCGCUGGCAGGUGCUGGACAAGAGGAUCCCCCUGCAUGCCAACCACAAGGAGCUCCUCCACAAGGUCUCAACCCUCCUUGGAGCCUACUACUGA